AUGCAGUUCUCUAUCUCCACCAUUUUGAGCGUUCUUGCUGCCACUGCAGCUGCUCUGCCUACCGAGAAGGUCCUCCAGAAGAGAGGCACCAUUUCUGCUACUCCUCACGUUGAGUACAGCUCCAGUGUUGGUGUCCUCGGAUGCAAGAUCAACACCAACAGAGUUGCCUACUGGCCCAUGAGCGUCGGCUGCGACAACAUGUGUGUCAAGGUCAGCCACCAAGGCCGUUCUCUCCACCUCCUUCGCGUCGACCAAUCUGGAGGUGCCUACGACAUGAGCUACGAUGCAUGGAACACUCUUGUCACUGGCAAGAACGCUACCAUCGACCCUACCAUGGGCGGUGGUGUUGACAUGGAGUACGAGAGCGUCGACAUGGACGAGUGCUCUCACCUUCUUCACGACUCUGACGGCAAGCUUGGUUUCUCCGCCGCCAACAGCAUGAACUUCAUCGCCUCCUGCAUCAGCGAGCCCGACAGCUGGGUCGCUAAGAACUACGGUCUCUGGAACAUCUACAACCCCACCUGCACCAACGGCGUCGAUGAGCAGUGCACUCUGGACUUGAGCGUCAGCAACCAGCCUUCAUGCGGAAACAGCAUCCUCGGCAUCAACACUCCCCUUACCACCCAGAACGUCACCAACAUUGCUUACGGUACUGGUGCUCGUGUUGCUGCCGUCUAA